UCACAACGGAAGUGUAAAUCCAAAAUGGCCACCCAACCAGGUUCCCCACCACCAGCAACACCUAGAAAGAAGGAAGACUCCUUUCUGGAUAAAAUCGGUACAUUGGGAAGAAAAAAGAAGGCGAAAGAAGUAAGUGAACUCCAAGAAGAAGGAAAACAUGCCAUUGAAUCACCUACCAGUCCAACAUUUACUGACAUUGGACCAGAGGGAUAUAGCAUGGAUGACAAUGAAGAACGAUCUAUGAUCGAACCACAUUCAAGAGAGGAUCCUAAAGUAAAGGGGUUGAUUAAGAUGCUUCUGGAUUGGAUCAAUGAUGUGUUAGCAGAUGAUAGAAUCAUUGUCAAAGACAUUGAGGAAGAUCUGUUUGAUGGACAGAUUCUGCAAAAAUUGAUUGAGAAGCUAGCUGGAAUCAGAGUAAAAGUGCCCGAGGUGACCCAGUCAGAGCAGGCCCAGAAACAGAAGCUAUGGAUUGUACUGGACGUGAUCAAUGAGAGUCUACAGCUGCCUCCUACCUGGAGCCAGUCCAAGUGGAGCAUAGACAGUAUCCACUCUAAGAACCUAGUAGCAAUUUUACACCUGUUGGUGAGUCUAGCUCGUCACUUCAGGGCUCCAAUCAGACUACCAGAAAAUGUCUGCAUCACAUUGAUGGUUGUACAGAAGAGAGAUGGUAGACUGUUCCCAAGACAGGUGACAGAAGAAAUUACAACUAUUAAUGAGGAUAUUGGUGCAAGAUUUGAGCGAGAUGCAUUUGAUACACUGUUUGAUCAUGCACCAGACAAGCUUAAUUUGGUGAAAAAGACUCUGGUUACCUUCGUUAACAAGCAGAUGCUGAAGAUAAAUCUUGAAGUAACUGAUUUGGACCAGCAGUUCCAUGAUGGUGUAUACCUGGUUCUCCUGAUGGGGCUCCUUGAGGGAUACUUUGUACCACUGUAUGACUUCCAUCUUACACCUACUAGCUUUGAAGAAAAGGUUCAUAAUGUCAACUUUGCCUUUGAACUGAUGCAAGAUGGUGGACUUCCGAAGCCCAAAGCACGACCAGAAGAUGUUGUCAACCAAGAUCUGAAAUCAACUCUGCGUGUGCUCUACAACAUCUUCACCAAAUACAAAGGUCAAGCACCAUGACAUGGCAUCGUCACAAAGUCUAUGUGCAAUCAGCUCUAAGAACAACACCACACUGCCAAUUGAACUGUGACCAGCAACGGCAGCAGCAGCAGCCAGUGUUAAACAAUGUACCCUUAUGUAUGCUUAUUCUAUUUAUUUGUGCUCCACAUGGGGCUAUCUACAAAUGUGUUUACAAUGUACUUUAUACAACUUUAUACAAAAAGUUUGUAUUAGAGAUAUAAACUUCACUAAAUCUAGGGUGUUUUUGGCUCAUUAUUGAAUUUUUUUAGUUGAGCCCACAUUACGUCUUAAAAAUAACACACUGAAACUGCAAUUAGCAUGAAAUGUGAAAAGCUACAUCAUAAUUAUGAUUAAAUACGGAUGAUCAUUAUACACCACAUUAUGAUGAUCUAUAUAUUAAUCAGAUUGUGCUAUUAUUUUGUUAUAGUUUGGUAUGUGAUAUAUCCCCUACAAAUCUCAUUUUGAUAACAUAAAACUAUUAAUCAUUUUGCUCUUUGCUGACAGUUUAUUUUAUAUUUUGGAAACUGUACAAUAAUAAAACCUUCCUGACCAAUUGGAAAUAAUCAGCACUUAAAAGAAACAAUUCUCAUACCCUGACUGGUCAUGUUGUCACUGGAUAUUCAUUUCAUGAGUCCCCAUAUACAGAAUCUUGUAUCCAUAACUUCAUACCAUUUUCAUCUCUGGUCUAGGACUAAAUGCAUUCUGAAGAAUAGUGAAUUUUUUCAGAUGGGAAA